AUGACGCCCAAUGCAGUGGAGUCCUUCUCCCUGUGGCUCAUGCCCCAUGACGGGGCUCCAGAGCAUCCAUACAAUGAGCGUCUCCAGAGAGAGAUCAAUGCCCAGGCCAACCGGAUUGCGGGGGCUCCCAGCUUUGCUCCCCAUGUUACCCUGCUAGGGGGCAUCGAGGGCACCGAGGAUGAUGUCCUGGAGCGAGCCGACAGGCUAGGGGCCCAGCUCAAGCCCUACGUGAUCAAGUUUGAUAAAGUUAAGGCCGGCACUUCUUUCUUCCAGUGUGUGUUCAUUAAAUGCCAGGAGACGCCGGCAGUCAUGCAAGCGGCACAAGAAGCCCGGUCCAGCUACGGAAAGGACCCAGACGAGGUCUACAUGCCACACCUGUCCCUCCUGUAUGCAGACAUCACCCAAGAACAGCGGGAGGCUGUGGCCCAAGAAGCGCAGGCCAGGAUCUUCCCUGGCCUGCUGGACAGCAUUUUCCUACAAAAAGGUGACCCCGGCGUGGGCACCGGGUUCCUGGUAGACAGCAUGUCGCUGUGGCGCACGCCCACAGAGGACAAGAGCCUGAAGAACUGGGAGCUGGUGGCCACCAUCCCCCUGACAGGAUGA